AUGGCUAUCGACGAUCUCGCCACCAUCGAUGCCUUAAAGGAGAAUUGGUCUGUUGUUGCAAAGGGUUGUAAGAUUCAUGCUACGGUUAGGAAGACUCUUAUAUACCGAUUCCAAUAUUUGCUGAGUGAAGGACGCGUAUAUCAAAUUUUGUUUUUUGGUGUUGGUGAAAGCGGUCGUGAUUUCCGUCCAACCUCGUACUUAUUCAAGAUCAACUUUGAUAUUCAUACAUUUAUGUGCUUGGUUCCAAACAAAGCCAUCAACUUAAGCCCUUACAAUUUUGUGCCAAUAUCUGAUAUAAUGUUUAAGGAUCUUUAUACGUCUUUUCUUAUUGGUUUUGGAUUAAUUUUCUAUGAUUUUGAAGAUGUGAUUGGAAUUCUCACUGGUGCAAGUGCUGAAACUGAGUUUGAGAAAAAUGGAACAAAGUAG